AUUUUAGUUUUCAUUCAAACAAAUUUAAAUGGUAAAUGGAAUAAUAUCAUCUAGCAAUAAAAACAGUUGACAUCAUUUUUCUAAGCAAUAUUAAGUUCUAUGCUUAUGGAAUAUUACCAGGCGCUUUCGACGUUUUCUUGUUGACGGUUUCAUUGAAUUUCCACUUAUAAUAGUAGUUAUGCUUUUAUAAACUGUGUUUUCAUUCAACCCUCGUGUGUUUUCACUUUGGAUUACACACUUCAAAAUUCAGAUUAAAAUCCAUAUUUUCAAAAGGUAUUAGAAUAUAACAAUUUAUCAUACAACCGCAUUGAAAUCUGCCUGAUAUAACGUUACCUGAUAUAUUUUUUAUAUCAUGGUCAAAAGGAAGUUCUUAUAUCAGUCAAUGAUUGGAGUUACGUGGGAUUCGCAAUAAGGUCAACAAUUUCUGUCAAAAUGAAUCAGGUUCAACAAAACUAACAAUUUGAUAUCAAGAACGUACAUAUUUUAUUCUAGUUUAAAGUCAUAAAUCCCAAAAACGUUUAUUUUUUAAAAAUCACCACAGCCCGCACUACAGAAGUUAAAUUACGUCAACGAUGGGACGAUAAAUCUUAAAUAUCGAUAUAGUCAUUGCACUUGCAAGUGUUGCACAGAAAGUCAAGACAAAUGAUAAUUGUAUGCUAAUCCUUAACUUUUUAAACAAACGAUUUAACACGCUUAUGUCAAUAUUGACACCAUCAUCAAAAUGUCAAUUUAAAAUUACACAUCUCCAAAAUGGCGUCUCCAAACUAUUCAGUGAAGUGUGUUAUUCGAUUAAAUUUGUCGCUGCAGUACAUUCCUGAUCUCCAAUUCAAGACGUUUAUAAUGAAAGCGGUAGUACUCUUCCCAUUGGCAGUGCAAACAACUUUUUUAUCUAUGCGAUGUUUAAAAUAAGCGAUAAUUCGUGUCGUCUUUUCGAACGCCGUUGCUGCAUGUAUUUCAAAGUGUAAAAGCCGGAUCAGCAAAAUAAGCGGGGAUCCGUACAAUUUAAAUAUAAAAAUGGAUUGUUUUGCAGGUUUUUAGGAAAAUAUGGUAUGAUAAACAGAAAGACAGGUUACUGUCCCAUCGUUUUGUAAUAUAUCUGGCACGGCACGAAUAAAAUAACGGCUCGGCGAGGCUUAUAUUAUUCUAAUCCUCGCCAGAUAUAAUACAAAACGAUGGGACAGUACCCUGUUAUUCUCUAUAUAUCAAUUAUUAUAUUAUAUAUUGCGAAUACUUUAUGGUCUGAAGUUACUCCAGUACAGGCCUAAUUUAUUUAUUUUUUAUAUAUAUUAUCGGACUUUCAGGGGAAAUAUAUAUAGUAAUUUAAAUGCACGAAUAUAACAUAUUAUUUUCAAUUUAAUACAAUUAACUUUGAUAAUAUUUUCGAAAGUAGACUUUAAUAGAAUACUAGAAUAGAAUCUUAAAUAUUGAUCAGACGGACGAACAAUGCGAUUAUAAACACGUUUCAAUCAUUUAAAACGUUAAGGCCCACCAUACUUAGCGCUAUAAAAUAUGUAUUUUACGCUUAUAUAACUACCUGAAUUGACAAAUAUCUGCAUUUGUAUUCCAUAUUGGGUCUAUAUCGCGCAUAUUGAACCUUUGCUUACAAGGAUAGAAUAUCGUUAUUGUAAAUAACUGUGGACUGAGUUUGGCGACUAUAUUGAUGUAAAUGCAUAGUUCUUUUUCAUUAAGGUGGUAUCUUAGUAUGCUAUUUUGGUAUUAACUUCCUUAAUGAGAAUAAUUUAAACUUUACCGUGUUAAAGGUAGUGAGAACGUUUUACACAAGUAAAUGUUGUCUUGCUAUUUAUAAACUUCACUAUGAAUUAGAGAGCGGACACCAUGCUGAAUGUUAAAAAAAAAACACUAAGUGACCUCGUGACCUAGUUUUUGGCCUGGCAUGGUCCAUGUUUAAACUUGGCGUAGAGAUCAUCUAGAUAAAACUUCUGACCAAGUAAGGGGAAAAUAUUGGAUAAAAACUACUUGAAUUAGAGAGCGGACAACGUGCUGAAUGUUUAAAAUGCACUAAGUGACCCCGUGACCUAGUUUUUAACUCGGCAUGGCCCAUAUUCAAACUUGACCAAGACAUCAUCAAGAUACAACUUCUGACCAAGUUUGGUGAAUAUCGGAUGAAAACUACUUGAAUUAGAGAGCGGACAACAUUAUCAAUGUUUAAAACGCACUAAGUGACCCCGUAACAUGGUUUUUGACCUGCCAUGACCCAUGUUCGAACAUGGCCUAGACAUCAUCUAGAUACAACUUCUGACCAAGUUUGGUGAACCUCGGAUGAAAACUACUUGAAUUAGAGAGCGGACAACAUUAUCAAUGUUUAAAACGCACUAAGUGACCCCGUGACCUGGUUUUUGACCUGCCAUGACCCAUGUUCGAACUUGGCCUAGACAUCAUCUAGAUACAACUUCUGACCACCACGUUUGGUGAACCUCGGAUGAAAACUACUUGAAUUAGAGAGUGGACACCAUGCUCAAUGUUUAAAACGCACUAAGUGACCCUGUGACCAAGUUGUUUGCCCGGCAUGACCCAAAUUCGAACUUGACAUAGACAUCAUCUUGAUACAACAUCUGAGCAAGUUUGGUGAAGAUCGGAUGAAAACAACUUGAAUUAGAGAGCGGACACUUAAUACGACCCGACAGACCGACAGACAGACAAACAAGUUCACUCCUAUAUACCCCCCCCCCCUAAAUUUCGUGUGUGGGGGUAUAACAAGUUGAAUGCAAAACCUCCACCCAAUAUAAGGUUAUUGGGUAUAAACACGUUUUCUAUUUUUAGUUAUAGUGACAUUACCCUGGCGGUAACAAAAUUGACAUUGAGUUAAAAUACAGAGUGGACAAUUUAAUUAAGUUUCAUGUUGAUUUGAUUGAAAUUGUAUGCACUUUGUAGCGGACAUAACUCUCCGGGACGCCGCCCAUCGUUUGCCGCCCGCCGAAGGUGUUCCCAUAAUACGCCCCUUUUUAACGGGCUUUUAAAGAUCUAACAAACAAAGCAUUUCUUUGUUUAAAUGUCACAAAGGAGCCGAAACGUAUUUAAUUUGUGUAUACGUAUAUAAGUUACGAAUGUCGAAAAUUAUUUUGAAUCAAUAUGUAAAACCUAUUAAACAAGUGUAUGCUAGUAGUAAUACAAUAUUGGGAAACUACCUCUUAAAACCUGAAGUGUCAUGCUAAACUGUCCUGGGAGAAGCAAAUACUUAAGUGACCUACAUACAGAUCAAUAUCCGGUUUAUUGCAGAUGAAGUUGCACAGAUAAAAAAACAAGUAAGUACGCAAAUAGGCAGGACACAUUUGCAAAUAAGGUUAAUCAAUUGUAUAAACGUUUUUCUGUUAAAAGCAUUUUUCUAUUCAGUUUUACUAGUGGAUAUAUAUUUUAAACUUUAACAAGUUUGCUAAUUUAACAGUGGUUGCUGUAUGUUCGAUUUCGUUUUCUGCAGCACGGUCAUUCUUUUUACGCUGUACAGUGUAGAAGGUUCUAGGUGUAUUUAUCAAAAUAUUUUAUAUACACAUCCAUUAAUUGAUAUUUGAAACAAUAUCAAUAUAUCUUAUGUUCACUGUUUAAAUCAGUUAAUAGAUAAGACAUAUAAUAAAUGACAUUAACAACGCUCAGUGAAGUGGAAAUACGAUAUCAGUGCAUGUAUUUGAGGUUUGGUGAAUAGAAAAAAUCCCAUGGCGUUACCAUUAUGGUGAAGUAUUUGUUAUGUUUAUCAUACACGUCUUACGAAGUUAUGAUUCAUUGUAGCAGAUUAAAUGAGCAAUAAAGACGUGCGUGAAAAAAGCCUAUUUAGCUUAUUCAGAAAGUAUAUAAAAUAGAUUUCAUAAAGUAAUACAACAUACAACAUAAAGCCUAUGCAGCAGCCUAUUUAGCCUUUUUAUAAGUUUACAAAAUAUGAUAACUUGUAAAAAGCCCUAUUAUCACUUUGAGCCUAUACAGCCACUUAUAAGGAUUUUUUGAAUAAUAAAUAAAUAAGAUGCAAGAAAAAGACUAGUUCGCCUACUCAGCAGGCUAGUAGCAUUUUAACUCAUUUUGUAAGUUUAUGAACAUUCCACUUGUAUGAUGUUGUUCGUUUUAAGAAAGUCUAUUCUUAGCAAAAAUCCAGUUUAUGCGGAAAGUGUCGUCCUUAAUUAGCCUGUGCGGACUUCACUAAGGAUAAGUAUAAACGUAUGUCCUCGUUUUCAACUAAAUGGAACAUACAUUUUCCGAAAUAUACAUCUUGGGUUAAUAAAAACUUAAAUGGAUUAAUAUUGUUUGCUAGUAUACCAGUUAUAUCAGGCUACAACUGGCGGUAAAAGAGAAAACAUCGUCAUUUUAAAACUAUUCAUCGUGGUUAUAUUUUCAAGAGAAUACAUUUUUGAAUGUUUACAUACUUUAAACAACUGUUAAGCGUGAUUUUUAUUCGUUAACGAGGUACUUAACGGUUUUUGUUUUGUCAAUAUUACAUUUUCUUUCUGCAUUACUAUCUUUGUAAUACUAAUUGCAUUCCAUUUUCCGGCUUAAUUUUAUAACACAUGAAUGUAAAUAUAUUUUUGUGAAUGUAGGAAGAAUGCAUGUAUUAUUUGUUUUGAUAAAUACCUCACAUCAUUUGAUGAACUUAUAUAAUUAGGCUAUUGUCUUUAUGUUUUUACAAACUAAAAAGAAAACAGUGUGUAUAUAAUAAUCGUGCUCUUAUCUGAGAUCCAAAUAAGUAGGGUGCCUUGUUUAAGGUUUCACUAUAGCAAUUAAUGGAAAAUUAUUCUAGCUUGGUGGCCCUACAUUUUUGAACUCGGCAAAUUAUAAAUGAACAAGAAGAUAAAAACUAGUCUGAGCUAAGUGUCCUAUACAUGUAGCAAUAUACGAAAAUCUACGAAAUUCUGAGCUAGCCAUAAAUAGUUAUCAUUUGAAAAAAAGGUUCUGGGCAAGUUUCGUAAAGCUUAGACAAUCUAAAGUGGUAAAUGUACAGGGUUCAAUAGCAAACUGCCUUAUUACCUGAUCAUGUUCAUUAAACCGGAACCGGUUCCUCGCUCAAACUCGGUCGAUGUAUCGUUGCAACAAAUGUUAUAGGAAGUUUUAGGAAGGCAGUAAUAUUGUUCACAACAAUUCUUUAUAGUCUUAUGAGGAAAAUUGUCAAACCCUUAGCAGCACAGCUUUGAAACGGAUCGGAACAAGUUUCGAUCUCGGCUUUUAACAUACUUUAACAAAUGUUCGGAGCAAAUUCAUUAUGAUUUGUGGAAAAUUGUGAGUUCACAUGUUUUCUUUAUAUUUGCCCUUGUGUAAGAAAUUGGGCAGCAAGCUUUGCGCGAUCAGAAAUUGCAAAGAAGCAUAACAUCGAAGUUGCGUUCAAAAGCCCAUCAUCCACGUGGAGUAUUGUUUGUUGUGUUUUGGUGCGUGUUUGCAUAAGAUGGAAAUGAAUAAAUCAUAUAAUAUGGUACGAAUUUAAAUAAUCAAACGAAAUAAAUAAUACUUUGCGUAUAUUUACUUGUUUCUUUUAUAUGUUGUCGGUUUUAGGGCGUGCCGUGCAGGUUUACACAAUGACAAAAGUAGCUCUGAUUAUCGUUUACAAAAAUUUCAUGUACAAGAAACAGAAGAUAAAAGAUGCGGUGCGACCAAAGACUUCCAGAAAAUGUGUUUGAUGUUCGCCGAACUUGGAUUUAUCGUUAUUUAUCGCUUCAAUCAGACAUCAAAGGAAAUUCAGACUGCAAUUAAAGAUGCGUGCAGUAUACCAAGCGAGUGUUUCGUUCUCGUACUGAGCACACACGGUGAGGAGAGUCACCUACCCAAGGACAGCAACACACCCGGGAGCGAAACAGGCCUACGGGCGGAGGUAUUUGAUCAAAUGGUACUGGAUAUUGACGGGCAGGCGCUCUCUGUGAAUAAUCUUCUAAAGGAAAUAGACAACAACGCACUGAAGGAUAUUCCAAAAAUAUGUUUUAUUCAGGGUAAAUGGUAUGAUGACGUUUUUCAAGCCGAGGUUUCCAACGCAGAGACCGAAGGAAAAAAUGUACACCAAACGGUUAAUGCUGGAGAAGAAGAAACAUUAGCAUUCGGAAACUUGUGUGUUCGAGAAAGCCCAUUUGAUCUGCCCGAUUCUGAUAACGAGGAUGGCGAAGUCACGCCCGAUGCUCGGGGUACUGCUGAUUCGAAGACUAUGCCCAAAGACGCUACUCUGGUGGCCCACGUCGAUUGCCCCACCAACUUCCUUGUUAUGUACCCCGUUCAACCGCUUAUGUUAGAGUUCUAUUUACGUUUUCUUGAAUAACGUAAAUGUAAUAAAACGGUUGCAUAGAAAACAAAACACCAACCAUUAAAAUGUAUUUAUUGGACUGGAACAUUAAACGUAUGCCUACGUCUGAAAUAUUGCUAAUAAACAUUGAUCUAUUGAACCAGCAAUGUCUGUUAAUAUUGUUGGAUCUUCAGAUAAAUAUGCUUUGCGAAUGGCUGACACGGGAUCGUUGAUGCUCUACUACAAACUGCGGAACAUGUUGACGAAUGAUGGUCGUAUCUUGCCGUAUCUGACCACAGUCCUGCGUGCGAUGGCCGAUCACACAUCGUCUUACAAAAGUCAAGAAAUAAAAAUGUGUGGAACUAUAUACCACAGGCUGACCAGUGAAGUUUUUCUAAAAAAAUACACACGCACCGACAAAGCAGUUCGAAACCUGGAAGUCAUUUCUAAAAUCGAAAAGAAAAUGAUACACUUAAUGAUACGGACCGUUACUACACUUAAUGUUAUUUGAACGGUGUCAUAAAUGCAUACAGAUUGUGAUAUAAAAACAGAAAUGUUCGAAAAAUUAAAUAUUCAUCUUCUAAAAUAUUAAUUAUUGUCCAUCGAAAUUGAAUCCGAUAUAGUAUUGUAAUAAUUAUCAAUAUGAGUAUUAAUUAUUUAUGUAAUUUUUAAGAUAUCGGUUAAGGUGGUACUUGAAGUUAAGUUAAACUUAGAGACAAACAAACACUUUGCAUAGAAUAAGAGUAGGUAUCCGACGCAUUUUAAAUGUAAAAUAUUUGUCUGUCUUCUUUAAACUGUACUUUUGUGAAAUGUAUUUAUGUUUUUUACUCUGGUAGUUGAUUGGCAAUAUAAGAAUAAAUUUGUUAAAAGAUAUAACCAUCAUUUAUCACAACAACGUAACGCUUAUAACAUUAAGCUCUUAAAACACAGCCCGAAAAUUGUGGAUUACAAUAUUAUACAAAACUGAAAUUAUAUUGACUGUAUCCACGGAUUUCCAAUUAAACGAUAACAUAACAAGUUGGUAACCAUUAUGGUUAAAUAGUCUGCCAUGCAUCCCCCCCCCCCC